AUGUGGGCAAAACUUAAAGCUUCUUCAAAGUUGCAAAAGGUAUGUAGGAAAGAAGUGAUAAGACAAGUUCGAAAAAGCUUCAAUCUGAACGAGGAGUACCUGAGUGUAUUUAGAACCAAAUCAUAUGCAGACUUCUACAAUAACGCUCAAUUGCUUGUAAACGAGCCAUCAUCUUCUUUUAGUUACAACCAUGAUCACAAAUUCUCAGAAGUCCUCCUAGAACCUGGUCAAGAAGCCAUACCUGGUAUUCUUGAAUUCGUGAUUCUUUCGAAGGUGCCUGAAUUGAAAGGACUUAUGCUCAACUACUUUGACAUUAGUGCUGAGGCCUCAAAAAUAUGUAGCCACCUCUUAAAGCAUCAAACUUAUCCAAUCCAACUACCACACGUCGUUCAACAAGCACUUGAUAAAUUUGAGGACUAUUCCCCGAACAAAAUCAAAUCGAUUGUUUCUGAGCUAAACUUAGGAAUUUUAUUUGGUGCUAAGAUUCUUCCUAAAGGUUUAAAGUGGAGGGUUGGCAAUGGUGAUGACAUCUUGUUUUGGAAGGAUAACUGGUUGGGUUGUGGCUUGCUUGAGGAUUUUUCGGCUAUUCCCCUUUCUGAAGACAUGUUGUUGUGGACAGUGCGAGAUUUUAUGUCUGACCAUGGAUGGAAUCUUGAUGCCCUUGAGCAGGUCUUACCUAAUGAAAUUGUGCUAUCCAUACUGGAUUUGAAUGUUAUGCCUUGGCCUUGGGACUUCAUUUGGAUGUUGUGCUUGCCCCCGAAGUUAAAAACCUUUGUUUGGCUAAUUGGGCAUGGCAAAAUCCUUACUAAUGUUCAAAGGGAGAAGAGAUUGAUGACAACUGAUCCUAACUGCCACAAAUGCCUUUCCCUUCCUAAGACUAUGGGUCACGUUUUCAGAGGAUGUAGAUUUGCUCCUAAGGUAUGGAAUUACAUAAAGGUUCCUUUUGAUGUUCUUCACUCUUUCUCCUUAGACUUUACUUAUUGGCUAAGAAUUAACCUCAAGAGCAAGAUUACGUUCUCCGGCAACCUUCCUUGGACACUUGUUUUUACUGCCUCUAUUUGGCAUUGUUGGAAAUGGAGAUCCUACUACAGAGGUCAUCCAAGUCAUUGGAGUCUUCCUACUCUUGGCAACUUCAAAUUGAAUGUGGAUGGCAGCUGUAAAACGAAUUCUUGGAAGAUCUGUGCUGGUGGUUUGCUAAGGGACUCUAAUGGAGCAUGGAUCUGUGGGUUCUCUGCCAAUAUUGGGAUUGGAAAUAUUAAUGAGGCUGAACUAUGGAGUCUCUUUAGAGGCUUGUCACAUCCUCUUUUUUAUUUGAUUGAAGACUGCAAGUUGUUACUUAACCGUGAUUGGAGAUGCAAUGUCUCUCAUAUCUACAAGGAGCAAAACAGAGCAGCUAAUCACCUUGCUAACUUAGGGUAUGAGUUACCCUUGGGGCUUCAUAACUACGAGUCUGCUCUUGUCUUCCUUUCAAGCUUGUUGCUGGAUGAUGAUCUAGGAAGAGCCCAAAUAGGGACUGUGGACGUCGAUUGUGAGCAUGCCACGUAUCCUAGGGAAGGGUGUUGCCCUAAUUGA